AUGUCCUGCUCCAGCCUGUGCGCCCCUUCCUGCGGGGUGGCCGCCCCGGCCCCGCUGGCUGACACCUGCAACGAGCCCUGCGUGCGGCAGUGCCCCGACUCCACGGUGGUGAUCCAGCCCCCGCCCUCGGUGGUCACCUUCCCCGGGCCCAUCCUCAGCUCCUUCCCGCAGUACAGCGUUGUUGGCUCGGCGGGAGCCCCCGGAGUUGGAGGGGGCUUUGGUGGCACUUUUGGAGGCCGUGGCGGUUUUGGAGGCCUUGGGGGCUAUGGAGGCUCUUGGGGCUCUUGGGGCUAUGGAGGCCUUGGGGGCUACGGAGGCUACGGGGGCUACGGAGGCUAUGGAGGCUACGGGGGCUACGGAGGCUAUGGGGGUUGCGGAUAUGGCGGCUGGGGCCGAGGCCACAGGUACCUCAACGGCAACUGUGGGCCCUGCUAA